GGGUGGAGGAAGGGGAGGAGGAGGAGGAGGCGAAGGCCGGGUGCGGGGGGAUUUAAAGGCCCGCGGUCCCCCCGGCCCGGCCUCCUCACGCCGCCCAGAGGGACGUGGGUGUCGGGACCCAAGUUUGUGCGGGGAAGGGGCGUUUCCUUCUGUCCCCGCUUGGCUGACCCGGGGCGAAGGUCUCGGUGGGGAAACUGAGGCACGAGCGGGUGCCACCCGCAGCUCUCUCUGUGCAGCACCCGCUCAGCACCGCACGAUGAAGGCUCUUCUCCUCCUCCUCGCCCAGCUCUGCUCGGCAUCGCUGGUCCCCGAGAGGGAGAAGGACCCCGAGUACUGGCGGCGGCAGGCGCAGGAGACCCUGCGGAACGCGCUGAGGCUGCAGCGCCUCAACCAGAACGUGGCCAAGAACCUCAUCCUCUUCCUGGGGGAUGGCAUGGGCGUCUCCACGGUCACGGCCGCCCGCAUCCUCAAGGGGCAGCUGCAGCACGGGCAGGGCGAGGAGAGCCUGCUGGAGAUGGAGAAGUUCCCCUACGUGGCCCUGGCCAAGACCUACAACACCAAUGCCCAGGUGCCCGACAGCGCUGGCACGGCCACUGCCUACCUGUGCGGUGUCAAAGCCAACGAGGGCACCCUGGGCGUCAGCGCCGGCGUCACCCGCGACCGCUGCAACACCACCAAGGGCCAGGAGGUGACCUCCAUCCUCCGCUGGGCUAAGGACGCAGGGAAGGCCGUGGGGAUCGUCACCACCACGCGCGUGACCCACGCGACGCCCAGCGCCGCCUACGCCCACUCUGCCAACCGCGACUGGUACUCGGACGGGGAGAUGCCCCCGGACGCCCUGGAGGGCGGCUGCAAGGACAUUGCCCGGCAGCUGGUGGAGAACAUUCCCGACAUUGAGGUGAUCAUGGGCGGAGGGAGGAAAUACAUGUUCCCCAAAAACGCCAGUGACGUGGAAUAUCCCCGCGAGGAGAAGCACCGGGGCACCCGCCUGGACCGCAGGAACCUCGUCCAGGCGUGGCAGGAGGCCAAACCCCCCGGCAAGGUUGCCAAGUACGUGUGGAACCGGCGGGAGCUGCUGGCGCUCAACCUCAGCCGUGUCGACUUCCUCCUGGGCCUCUUCGAGCCCGGGGACAUGGUGUAUGAGCUGGACAGGAACAACGAGACAGAUCCUUCCCUCAGCGAGAUGGUGGCUGUGGCCAUCAGGAUGCUCCAGAAAAACCCCCGUGGCUUCUUCCUCCUGGUUGAAGGCGGCCGCAUCGACCACGGGCACCACGAGGGGAAGGCGAAGCAGGCGCUGCACGAGGCCGUGGAGCUGGACCGGGCCAUCGGCCUGGCCACGCGCCUCACGUCGGCACAGGACACCCUGAGCGUCGUCACCGCCGACCACUCGCACGUCUUCACCUUCGGCGGCUACACCCCCCGCGGGAACCCCAUCUUCGGUCUGGCCCCCAUGCAGAGCGACGUGGACCGCAAGCCCUUCACCUCCAUCCUCUACGGCAACGGCCCCGGCUACAAAAUCGUGGCGGGCGAGCGAGAAAACGUCUCCGCUGUGGAUUUUGCACACGCUGACUACCAGGCACAGUCGGCCGUGCCGCUGCGGCAGGAGACCCACGGCGGCGAGGACGUGGCCGUGUUCGCCCAGGGCCCCAUGGCCCACCUGCUCCACGGGGUCCACGAGCAGAACUACAUCCCCCACGCCAUGGCCUACGCCGCCUGCAUCGGCUCCAACCGCGGCCACUGCAACGCCGGCGCCCGCCCCGCCGCCCCCCUGCUCCUGCCCUUCCUCACCCUCCUCGUCCUCCUCUGCUAAAGUGCCUCUUGCAGAUCGCCUGGGGGGGAUUUAUUUUUAAUUCAUCCCCCCUUUUUAUGUUUUUUUUGUGGAGAGCAGCGCCCGGGAAAGAGGAGAGAAGGAGAACAGAGAGACUCAGCGGAGCAAAAGCAGCCGCCGGCGGUUUGGUGCUGGGAGCUGCCUCUGUAAAUACACGGUUCCUUCCCUAUAAUUAGCAGCGUUCCCUGCCCUGUCCCAAACCCACUGUGGGAUUUGGGAUGGCAGCUGGAGCCUCGGUGGAUAAAACCCCCUCUUUGAGCGGAACGCAAUGGGGCUGGGUCCCAAAAUGCCUCCCAAAUGUCCCUUGGCUGAGGACUGACCCCGCUGCCCAGCUCGUCACAUGUGUGGGGAGCCAGAAACCACGCCAAGAUGGGGAAAAAAAAUUAACUCAACAGGUUAAUUUGUCCCUAAACUU